GUGGGGUCCACCUCGACACACUAGCAAAUUCCGCAACCGCUCUCUCACCAAUGGCAUCACCUUCCUUAAUCUCUCCUUUGCCCCUUCGGCCACCAACCGGACGCACCGGUUCUCUCUCCCUCCGAGAAUGGAACCGUUCAGGGCGCAGAAGCGGGUCCAGAUCGACGACGACCCCAAAUACGACGACGUUCCGGACGACGAACCAGAGGGAUUGUUGCGAUUCAAAUCGUCGAACAGCAAUGUCUCCGAUGACCAAGAACCAUUCAUGGGCAUCAAAGUCCGUCGCAAGGACUCACUUCACAGAGAAUACAGAGGUGACUACGUCCAUGUUCCUUCGCACCCUUUUUUGAUGAAGAUUUUGCACAAACAAGGGGACAACCAGGUUCUAUUUGCGGAUAGGGUUGUGAAGUUCACUGGUUCGGGAAAGAUGAAACGCUGCGUUUUGUUGAUUACUGAUUUCGCGAUUUACAUUGUUGACUCCGAGGUCGGUGCCCUUAAACGGAGGAUAGCGCUUGCUGCAGUUGAGAAGAUUUAUCUCAGUGAGGUGAGUGAUAACUUUUUCGCUGUGAUAAUUCCAUCGGAGUAUGAUUUGCUUAUGGCUAGUACUCGAAAGACGGAGAUUGUGACGGUGUUGGUUGAAGCUACCAAGUCCAAGAGUGCCUCUGAUUUUGAACUCGACGUCGUUUUCUCCAAUAGGUUUGAGUAUAAUGCAGCAUCAAACUUGGUGAAGGAGGUUCAAUUUGAGGAAGUUGAAGGGGGCGUCAAAACAAGAAUUUUGAGGAAGUGAAUUGUGGUUCAAAAUUUUUCAUAAAGUUAUCUAUAAACUAUGUAGGAGAUAUAUGCAGUUAAUGAUUUUUGAGUGAUAGUGUGGAAUGUGUUCUUCAGAGAUAAUAGGUUUCCUCUCAAAGGUUUAUUCAUAUGUAAUUACGAUGUCAGAAGAGGAA